ACGCGUUCGCAACCCAAAACAGUGCCAAGAAAUAGCGCCCGGUUCGCAUGGCAGCUAUCUAUAUAAGUAUUUCGAGUGCUCGGGCGAUCGACGGUUAUAUUAAAGCUAUAUAAAUAUAUGUGCAGACCAGUGUGCGUGCAUGUGAUUCAAGUGAAAAAUCCAAUUUGGAAACGUUGCACUGCAUGAAUCGUAUUGAUGAUCUUGUAAACAAAUAUUUAGAAAUCUCCAAAGAAAAAGGGUCCGAUAUUGAUUUAUCGGUGUUUCCGAUAAGUCUUGCAUUUUAAAUUCGCUGGGAAGAUUUAUGAGAAGUGCGCUGCCAUUUACCAAGAAGAAAACUAUGCUAUUUAUAAAACACAGCUAAUUUUUGUGUUCGCAAAUGUUUUUUACUAUGUGAAUAUUCCGAAAUAAGAUCAAAAAAUUCGGGAGCAAGGCAGAAGCCCAUUGUGUGUGAACGAGAGAGAACCAAAGGACUAGGGUAUCUGUUUCCUCGAAAUUCAUUUGUUUGGUAAAUGCGCCUAAAUAAUCCGAGGCAAGACACACAGAAUCCCGACGGUUACGCAACCCAGCUGAAAGAUCCGCACCAUCCACAUCCAAAGGCUGGCCCCAUUCCCCGUCGUCCAGCCGCAAAUAAUUCUAAAUGCGGAAGUAUUUCGUAAAAAGAAAAGCUGAUAAGUUGUACGAGAACAGAUGCAUCAUCUGUACCCAUCGCUGAAAGGCGAUCAGCUUUGCCCCCUCGGCUUUCACCCCCAGACGCGAUAUCCCACACGAUGUAAGCGCUGUUUCCGGGAUUACAAGGAGCAUGGAGCACGUAGAGCCGGGGAUGAGGUGGCCGCCUCCUCGCCCAAUCUCUCCGAUGCCCAGAGUUCACGACCCUCUUCGCGGACGUGGACCUCGACUCAGAACCUUACCAGUGCAAGCACAACCAACGGAAAUGAUAUAGUUGUCCACUUCAAUGUAGAGCUGAGGAAGCGUCCCCAGUCAUGGGCCUCCACGCCGGAUAUCGACGAGCCGGAUGAUGCUGGCCGCCGUCCGCCGGCUCAGGCGUCCACAAGUCGAGCGUCCACCGCCGGAGAGGAUCACAAUGUGGCUGUCACGGUCAAGCUGCCGGUGCCGCCACGACGACACACAACCGCCUUGGACAUCAAGGAGGUGGAACACGCUCUAACACCGUCAACCCGCGUCACAUCCUCACCCAGUAAAACUUCAAGUAUUCCAGAUGAGUUAGUCAUCCUAUCAACAGACAGUCUAGCAGAGCGUGUCCGCAAAAUGAAUCUUCUCAAGAAGCAGCGCAGCUUAAACUCCCGGGAGAACAGUCGGGAGAGAUCCGUUCCACGGAGGGAAGAAGAAAGCGAAUCCACAGCUUCCUCAACACCAGUGGUUCCUGAUCGUCCUGAGCGCAGCAAGUCGGGGACAUCCCUAAACCAAGCACCCCCAUCCGAACAGAAGCGAGCCGCCCUGCCGCCAAAAAAAGUGGCAGUGGCAACCACCACGACUUCGUCCAGCAGCAGUGUCACCACAACCCCGAAGACCUCUACUCCCGUCAGCAGCGAGGUAAAGGCCUCUUCCUCGACCACUUCCUCGUCCAGCUCUUUGACGAGCUCCAGUUCGGUGCGUCGCAAGGAGGCGGAUGCAGUGACUGGCAAAGAAAUCAAAAGACAAACGGUACCAGCUGCAUCGUCAUCCCAUUCAAACAGCACAUCCAUUAGCACUCCAUCCAAAUCCCAGGACUCGUUGGCCAUGCAGGAGCAAAUGAAAGCGUUGCGGCAGGAACUGGAAAUGAUGAAGGCACGGGCAGAAAGAGCGAAGCGGGAAAAGAGCGACAUUCUCCUGAGGCGACUUGCUUCCAUGGAUACCGCCUCGAAUCGAACCGCCGCCUCGGAGGCCCUGAAUCUCCAGCAGAAGCUGAACGAGAUGAAGGAUCAGUUGGACCGCGUCAACGAGGACAAGCGCAAGCUUAAUGUGAGGAUGAAGGAGUUGGAGAGCAAGGGCAGCGAAUCUGAGCUGCGGCGCAAGUUGCAGGCUGCCGAGCAAAUCUGCGAGGAGCUGAUGGAGGAGAACCAGAGCGCCAAGAAGGAGAUACUCAACCUGCAGGCCGAGAUGGACGAGGUGCAGGAUACGUUCCGCGACGACGAGGUUAAGGCCAAGACUAGUUUGCAGAAGGAUCUCGAGAAGGCCACCAAGAACUGUCGCAUCCUCAGCUUCAAGCUCAAGAAGAGCGAUCGCAAGAUAGAGACUUUGGAGCAGGAGCGGCAGAGCUCCUUCAACGCAGAGCUGAGCAACAAGAUCAAGAAACUGGAGGAGGAGCUGCGUUUCUCUAACGAGCUAACCAGGAAAUUGCAAACGGAGGCCGAGGAGCUACGCAAUCCCGGGAAGAAGAAGGCUCCCAUGUUGGGUGUACUGGGCAAGUCUACAUCGGCGGAUGCCAAGAUCACCAGGGAAUCGCUUACGCGUGGAGGCUCCCAGGAGGAUCCCCAGCAUCUGCAGCGAGAGUUGCAGGACUCCAUUGAACGGGAGACGGAUCUGAAGGACCAACUAAAGUUUGCCGAAGAGGAGGCUGAACACUUGAGGAAAAAGGUGACUCGGUUCGAGGAUGAAAAUGAGUCUUUGAUGAUGCAGUUGAAAAAAAUGGCAACGCGCUCAAGAAGUCGCAAAUUGAGUCCCACACCACAUCCUCAUCGAUUGGCUCCCGAGGUUCACGCGGAUCGCGAUGAGGGAAUCUCCGACGAGGACGAUCCCGCCGAGCUGAGAAUUCUUUUGGAGCUGAACGAACAGGAGGCCUCGAUCCUGCGGCUCAAGGUGGAAGAUCUGGAGAAGGAGAACGCCGAGUCGAAGAAGUACGUAAGGGAACUCCAAGCCAAACUGCGGCAGGACAGCUCGAAUGGCAGCAAGUCCUCGCUGCUCAGUUUCGGCUCUUCCUCCAGCGCUGCCGAAAAGAAGGUCAAGACUCUCAGCGAGGAGUUGGUCCAGCUUCGCAGAUGCCUGGUGGAGAAGGAGCAGGCGGUGGACACGCUCAAGGAUCAGCUCAGCAAACUGGAAAGCCUGGAAACCGAGAACGACAAGUUGGCCAAGGAGAACAAGCGCCUGCUGGCGUUGCGAAAGGCAAGCGAGAAGACCGGAGAAGUGGACCAGAAGAUGAAGGAAUCUUUGGCACUGGCCCAGCGGGAGCGGGACGAGUUGACGGCCCGUCUCAAGCGGAUGCAGUUGGAGGCCGAGAGCAAGCUCCCGCCUCGAACCGCCAAAAGGGUCAACGACCUUACCCCGAAAAGCCACCUGAAGAAGUGGGUCGAGGAGCUGGAGGACGAGAUAACCGAGAUGCGGGUCAUGCUCAGUUCCAGUGGAACCGAGCAGCUUAAGGCCCUGCAAUCGGCCAAGGGAACUCUGGAGGAGGACCUGAAGAAAUGCAAGCAGAAGUUGUCCUUGGCCGAGGGCGAUGUCCAGCGUUUAAAGCUCCUCAACGGAAACAGCACCAAGGUCAGCGAGCUUGAGCUGAAACUCAAGCGCAGCGACGAGGAAGCGAAGAAGCUAAACUCAAAGCUGAAGGACUUGGAGGAGAAGGUCAAGAAGCAGGAGGCCCAACUGAAGCUGGGCGAAACGAGCAAGUCCAGCUGGGAAUCGCAGAGCAAGCGGGAGAAGGAGAAGCUUUCCGGCCUGGAGAAGGACCUCGAAAAACAGACCAAGGAGAAGGAGAAGCUGGAGGCCAAGAUCGCCCAGCUGGAUGCGGAUCUGCUCAGUGCCAAGAAGUCGGCCGAGAAGAGCAAGUCCAGUUUGGAGAAGGAGGUCAAAGAUCUCAAGGCGAAGGCCAGCAAGUCGGACAGCAAGCAGGUGCAGGACCUCAAGAAGCAGGUGGAGGACGUCCAGGCUUCGCUGAGCGCUGAGCAGAAGCGCUACGAGGACCUCAACAACCACUGGGAGAAGCUCUCCGAGGAAACCAUCCUCAUGCGGGCCCAACUCACCACCGAGAAGCAGAGUCUCCAGGCCGAGCUGAGUGCAAAUAAGCAGAAGCUCUCCGAAAUGGACACCAUCCGCAUCGAGCGCACCGACAUGGCCAGGAAACUAAGCGAGGCCCAGAAGAAGAUCGCCGAUCUGCAGGCCAAGGCCCUCAAGUCGGCCAAUGGAAACGGGGGCGAGUACGAGCGCACCGUUCUCAAGAACAAACUGGCGGAGAAGGAGCACGAGUACGAAAGGCUGCGCCGCGAGAACGAGAUGAACAUCGACCUGGUCUUCCAGCUGCGCAAGGACAACGACGAUCUGAACGGCAAGCUCAGCGACUACAACCGGAUCGAGCAGGCACAGUCCUCGCUCAAUGGCCACGGAGCGAGGCGGGAGGCAGAAAUCAGGGAACUCAAGGAACAAUUACAGAGCACUGAACUGCAGAUGAAAUCGGAAGUGGCCACCGUUCGACUCCGCUAUGAGCAGCAGGUGAAGAACCUCAGCGGAGAACUCAAUUCAAUGCAGCGCCAAUGUGAACGCUUCAAGAAGGAUCGCGAUGCAUUUAAACAAAUGCUGGAAGUGGCCCAGAAGAAGAUUGGUGACCUUAAGGCCAACAACACGGGAAGGCAGAGUCGAGGCUCAAUGCACAGCAGCGAUGAUGAUGACAAGAGCAAGAUUGCCUAUCUAGAACAGCAGAUUGGCCAUCUGGAGGAUCAGUUGGUCGAGUCCCGCUUGGAAUCCAGCAAGAUAAAAACAGAACUGGUCUCCGAGCGAAGUGCCAACGAGAUCAAGAUAUCGGAGAUGCAGUCGAAGCUCAACGAGUUCGAAGAGGAGCGCGUCAUCGGGUCGGGCAGCACCAAGCUGCCGGGCAUGAAGACCAAGCUGGAGUUGUCCUGGCAGAAGGAGCGCGAGGACCAGCAGCGCCUGCUGCAGGAAACCUCUACGCUGGCCCGCGAUCUGCGCCAGACCCUCUUUGAAGUGGAGCGGGAGCGCGACAAGGAGCGUCUGGAGUCCAAGCGGAAGCUGGACCAGAUCAAGCGGGCCACCGAGGAGGAAAUGGAGGAGGGGCGCAAGAAGAUCGCCGAACUGCAGUGCGAUCUUUUGGAGCUCCGGGAUGUCCAUGCCAAGCUGCGUACCUCAAACGAGAAGUUGAGGCGCGAGCGUGAGCGCUACGAAAAAGAGUUGAUUAAACGACGCAUGGAGGCAGAUGGCGGAGAUCGCAAGGUGGGCGCCCUCUUGCAGACCGUUGACGAGCUGGUGAAGAUUGCUCCCGACCUGAAGAUGGUGGGCACCGGCGGUUCGGGACGCAGCAGUAGUUCCGGAUACGACAAUAACUUGCGUCCGGAACAGCCCAAUGUUCGGCGCAGUCGGUCGCCAUCACCAACGUUGAGCAGUUCCCAGAUCACCAGUGUCCUGGCCAGAUUGGCAGAGGCCUCCGAGGAGCUGCGCAAGUUCCAGAGGGUCAACGAGGACGAACAGGAGCGCAGUCGGAUGCGAAGGAGCAAUCUGCGCCGAGCUGCCUCCCAGGAGAACGAUCCACAUGGCAGCACUAGCUCAGUGGCCAGUGCGGCAGGAUCGCAACGGGGCGGAGGUCGUCUGUCCCGGAAUUCGUCCAAUAACGGAAGUCUGAUCCGGAAAAGCCUCUCGCUGGACCACUCCAUACAAAGGGAUCAGAAUAUUUGGCGCCAGGACGAUGGUAGUGUGUCCUCCAUGCAAUCAAUAGACUCAGAACUGGGAGGCCUGGUGAGGGACUCAAGCCUGGAUUCUCGGCUGGACUCGCGCCUCUCCGGUGGUUCCACACAGAGCGACAUACCUCGAGGACCUCGCAAGAAGAAGAAGGGCAUCAUGGGCAAGCUGCGCAGCCUGACCAAAAGCAGUCGCAAUUCCGAGAGUGAAAUAUCUAUUCAAGGAUCUGACUCGGACAUCAGCGUAGCCAGCGACUUGAGGUCGAGCAAGAAGGAUCUGCGUGGCCGGCUCUCCGGGAUGUUCAAGCGCUCCGGCUCCAACUCGCGCAGCGAGAGCAUGGAGCGGGCUGGAACCGAACAGAGACCCGUGGCGGUCACCGUGGUGGGACACCCGGAUGGGCCACAACCUCGCGAGCCUCCCCCUGCCAAUUCCCUCACACCCAGACCCAUUCGUUCUAUCCCCAAACCGCCGAGCGGCGGAGCACCCACCACACCAACCACAAGACGACGCGUAGCCAAGUAGACGCCAUCGGUUAAUAGGUUUCAAUCUCAUAGGACUCAUUCUAAUCGUAGCUGUAGACGUUCGAAUAACCCUCGCUCUCAUUGGCUUCCGAAUUUGCGAUUUUACUCAUGCCAAGCCAUCACAAUUAUUUGUUGUUUUUGAAUAGUUUAUUUACUACAUUUUAAUUUGAGCUCUUAGCCGAAAUAAAGUCAUCUUUUUCAAAUAAUA